AUGGAUAAAAACAUGGAAUUACUUCUUCUCAAAAUUGAUGAGAAACUUGAAAAACAAGCCGAAAAAAUAACUCAUUCGGUAAAUAUAAAUGUCAUGGAAAUACUAGACGAGAAGCUGAAAACAAUUACCGAGGAGAACAAUAUUCUCAAAAACAAAGUAUCAGAAUUGGAACGAAAACUUAAAUCAGUCGACAGAGAAAAACGCAAAAAUAAUCUAGUGUUAUUUGGCUUGGAAGAAACGGGAAAAUCUGAAGGGGAACUUAUAGACUAUAUUAAAGAACUUAUUUCAGAUACGGGAGUCUGCUUGGAUAGCCACGAAAUUAACAGUAUUAAUGUGAAAGAAGAUUAUUCUAAAGAAAUCCUGGAAAAACGAAAACAGCUACAACCUCAACUAGAAGAAGAAAAAAAGAAGGGCAACAUCGCUUACAUAAAGUACGACAAACUGAUAGUCCUAAAUCCGAAAAACAACAAUAGGGAAAAGCGGAAACGGGAAACUUCUGAUUCUCCUAAAUCAUCAGCAUUGAAAAAAACAACUAAACACCAAACAGUGACAUUCCAAAAAACUUAUGAUUGUAUCGGAAAAUCGGAAAAAUUCCCACAACGGCUGGUCCCCGCGGGAAGUAUUGAUCACUACCCUCUAACAGCGAGAAGACACAAAACACUCAACAUUGCAACCUUAAAUUCGAGAACACUUAGAACUGAAGAAAGCCUACACGAACUAGAAAAAGCUCUCGAGGACAUAAACUGGGACAUAUUGGGAAUUAGCGAGAUGCGACGAUUGGGAGAAAAGAUCGAAGAGCGAACCGACUACAUACUGUUUCAAAAAGGGGAAGUACCCGGACAAGGAGUUGGAUUCAUUAUUAAACAGUCAUUGAAACAACAAAUACAUGAGCUAAUUGGACUCUCUGAUCGUAUAGCCAUUCUCAACAUUGUCAUACCGGGAUACAAAAAAUUAUGGACAAUUAUACAAUGUUAUUCUCCAACAGAACAAGCGUCAAAAAUAGAAAGUCAACUUUUUUACCAUGAACUAUCAAAAACAAUAACUAGAUAUUCCAACAACCACAUUAUUUUAAUGGGCGAUUUUAAUGCUCAAGUCGGGGCAAAGCAAUGUAAAGAAGAAUAUGUCUUGGGAAACUACGGCCAAGGAAAAAGAAGCGCACACGGCGAAGUUCUAGUCGAAUUCCUAUUGCAACACAACCUUACGCUCCUAAAUAGUAUGUAUAAGAAAAAUCAAAAGAAUAGGUGGACGUGGAUUUCGCCCGAUGGCAGCACUAAAAAUGAAAUUGAAUACAUUACAACAAAUUAUCCAAAAGCCUUCACAGAUACGUCGGUCAUAGCAAAGUUUAAUUUCAACACAAACCACCGUAUGGUAAGAAGCAAAAUAAACAUAGAACCACCAAAGAAAUCCAGAAAAUACUUUUCUCCGUGUAACAUAAAACAUCAUAGCAAAGAAACUAUAAAGAAAAUAAAACAAUCUCUUAUUCAAUCAACUGAAGAAUUAACCACCAGCAAUACUGACACUAAUGUGAAAUAUGGAAAACUUGAAAAUAUACUGACUAAUGUUAAAGUUAAGCAGAUCAGAGCAAAAAAAGUAAAUAUAAACUUAGUAAUACAACCUUACAACUCAUAG